UCACCGCUCAGGUAGAACCAGUCUUCGGUGCCCCUUCAUAACGAGCACUGGGAAAUUGAGGCUACGAGAUACCUGUACAACAAAAUUACUCGAAAACUUCACCGACAGUUACUUGUCAAACGUUGGAAGGCUGUGAACACAAACUCUGAACGAUCGUAACGUGGAUUAUUCGGUCGCGAAUUACAUACCUGUUGAAUGUGAACGAACAAACGUAUUUUAUUGUGUGCAGUGACAGUGCAAGGCAGUUUUAUUAUAAAUUUUAGUUGUGUGAUUUCUCGCCGGGGCCCGCUGUGUGUUGUUCCCCACAAUUUUUUACAUUUUUUUCCCUGCUGGAAAAACAGCUGUCGAACAAAUUUCCAAAACUCAAACUCUUCAUAGUCAUUACUCUAACUGUUGUGAUAUUUUACUUAAUAAGUUAAGCUAAUAUUAAAUCUGUGAUUUAAACCUAAAUCUUCAACGAUAAGAUAUCGCCGUACAAGUCACGGCAAACGCAACCCAAAACACGCAUUUUCCGAGCUUUUACUGGGCCCCAUCGAACAGGUGUCACGUGGCAAACAUGUCGGAUUGUUUAUAAUUUAUUCGGAUAAGAAAAAAAAAAUUAACAGAAACAGACACGGAUUAACACAAAUGAGCAUCAAGGGCCUAAACAUGAUCGGACCACAUCACAUAUGCGUUUUGUACGUGGCCACUGCCGGUCUCCAGGGCCCACUCAUGGGCUCCGACGAACAAGAAAUCGUGCUUCUAAUUUACGUGAUAGUCGACGUUAUACAAAAUAAGAUUGUGGGUGUGCAACAGUACCCAAUUAGGCCACAAACUGCGGACAUCAACGAAAACAUUUUGUCCGAACAGCUAACGUCCGAAUCCGUGUUGACCGAUGAACUGAUCAAAAGUGCUGGAAGGCAGUUGGAUAGCGCCCUGACGGAAUUCGAUGCUUAUUGCAAUAGUUUACACAUAGAUCCGCAUAAUGCUGGUUUUAGAUUAAUUACUGACGGUCAAUUACCCCUGCGACAAUGUCUCCAUCCAGAGGCGUGCCGAAAGGAACUAGAAUUGUCCCCCUAUUAUAGUAUGUUCCAUGACCUGCGAAAAGAAGUGGCUAGGUUUUGCGGCAAAACCGAUGACGUGCCCCAAAGUGUAGCCGAAAUGGUUGAAUGCUUAGAGUUAAAACCAGAGGUGGAGAAUGAAUUUUAUAAAAAAGAAGCAAAAGACAUGGUAAAUAUAGUGCAAAGGCUGAUAAUGGACGGACACAGGUUCGACAUACCGGAAACUGUAAAUCUGACACUAGAACCCGGAAUUUGUUCCAAAGACGAUGAAAUUGACAGCAACUGUGUUGUAAGAGCUAGAGGACUUCCGUGGCAGAGCAGCGACCAAGACAUAGCGAAAUUUUUCCGAGGACUUAAUGUCGCAAAGGGUGGUGUAGCAUUGUGCCUGUCGGCGCAGGGCAGACGAAACGGCGAAGCACUAGUGAGAUUCGUCAGUCAGGAGCACAGAGACAUGGCCCUCAAACGGCAUAAGCAUCACAUCGGCUCUCGCUACAUUGAGGUCUACAGGGCGUCUGGCGAUGAUUUCCUCUCGGUGGCUGGUGGAUCCAGCUGCGAGGCGCAAGCCUUCCUUAGUCGCGGGGCGGCAGUGAUUGUGCGCAUGCGCGGAUUGCCCUACGACUGUACCGCCAAACAAGUUCUCGACUUUUUUGCGUCUGGUGAAAACUCCUGUACAGUGGUGGAUGGAGUAGACGGAGUAUUGUUCGUAAGGAAACCGGACGGAAGAGCAACUGGCGACGCCUUCGUUUUGUUCGCCAGUGAGUUGGACUCUCCUAAAGCUCUCUCCAAACACAGAGAAUGUAUAGGGUCCCGUUACAUUGAAUUGUUCAGAUCCACUACCGCCGAAGUGCAGCAGGUUCUGAAUCGGUCGAUGGACCCGAAAACUUACGAGACACCAUCACCGUUAAUAGCUCAAUUGCCGCAGGUGCCUUUAUUGCCACAGCAUAUCAUUACUUCUGGUACGAGAAAAGACUGUAUUAGGUUAAGGGGUUUGCCGUACGAAGCUCAGGUAGAACACAUAUUAGAUUUCCUAGGGGACUAUGCCAAAAAUAUUGUAUUCCAAGGUGUUCACAUGGUUUACAACGCACAGGGUCAGCCUAGCGGCGAGGCGUUCAUCCAAAUGGACUCCGAACAGUCGGCGUACGUAACUGCUCAACAGAAGCACCACCGCUACAUGAUCUUCGGAAAGAAGCAGCGCUACAUCGAGGUAUUCCAGUGUUCCGGCGAGGACAUGAAUCUCGUGCUGACCGGCGGCAUCCCGGCCUCAGUGUCGCCUGCGAAGGCGGCGCCCGCCCUUCUCAGCCCCGGUAUGUUACCACCCCCGCUAGCGAACCUACCGCCCACUAAUAUACCGCCCCCACCGCCACCCCAUACCGCUUCGGCGGUUACGCAGCUCUCUCAGAAUUUGGUGCAAGCGCAGUCGGCGAUUUCGUGGGAGAAUCCAUUGUUCGCGCAGCAACAGGCCCAAAUAAUCGCGCAGCAAAACCUACUGGCCAGACAGAGUCAGGCUCAGGCGGCGCAGGCCCAAAACGAAAUUAUCUUAAUGAAUCAAAUUGCCCAGCACAAUUUGGCAUUGUUGAAUCAAAACGUGGGACCGAUCUCACCGAAUAACUCCCACAAUUCGUUGCAGAAUUCAAUGUUAAAGCCCUCACCGGGCAUGCCUAUGGUGCCUCAUUUAAUACAGAACCCUCUGUUCGUUUUGCCGCCUAGAAUGCCAAUGACAUUGCCCAGGCCUCCGUCCAUGGCUUAUCCGCCGCAUUUGUUGCCUGGUACUACUCAAGGAGUUAUUCCUGUUAUGCCACAUGUGGCCGUAAAACGCAGCUAUGGAGAUGCCUUUAAUGAACAAGCAUCUCCGGCAAAGAGGGCGUUCCAUGCUCAAGGUUCCGUGCCUGUAUAUCAUCAGUCUUUUUACCCAAACAUGUAAAAAGACCGCUUCUUAGCUUGAAACAACAAUCAAUAGGUUAUUGAAUAGCAAUUGAAAGAUAAUUGGAAAAGCCUAUUUUAUCCUAUACAACAGAGCAAUGAAGUCGAAUUCAUGCCCGAAUAACACUAAGUGGAAUAAAUGGCAAAUUUCAAAAACAUGAUUUGUUUUUUGUAAAUUUUGAACAUAAAUAUUUUAAAAUGGGCACAAAAUGUAUUGGAAGCAGUUUUGUACUUAUACAAACAGAACACCUGUAUAAAAAUUCAUGAAUAUUUUGGAAGAAAUUAAAAAUUUUAUAAAAAAAUAUUUUAUUAAUUUUUAAUAUUAAAAUGAAAGUGUUUAUAACUAAAUCUUAUGUAUAAUUGGUGAUUAAUUUGAAAAAAUUAAAAAUUUUAUAAAAAUAAUCUAUUUUAUAAAUUUUUAAUAGAAAUCAAAAUAAUUGUCACAUAAGUACUUAUUAAUUUAACACAAAUUAUUUAAAAAUAACACAAUAAAUUCUUCUUUGGAAUCAUUUAUAGUUAGUGCAAUUUAAAUUUAUUUAUUUAUUUAUUUCAUUCAGCCAUUAAAUGUAAAACCUUUAAUCUGCUUACAGUACACUUAAAUUAAGUGUUUAUGAGUAAUAAUUUAAACGGUAUGCAAGAAUUGUCAUUCUCUUUUAAAAAUGUGUGUGAAUUGACACUGAUAUAUUCUAUGAAUAUUUUUGUUGAUAACCUAUUGAUUUCUAUAAUUUGAUGAACUAUAUAAUCUCUGUGUUUUUCUAAAUCCAAAAGACUAAUUCUAAACAUUCCGCAAUACUCUGAGACAAUCAUAAUACUUGACUCGUUUUAUAUUAUACUCAACAUGACAAUAAAAAUGUAUGACUUGUUGUUGAACCAAUCUUUCAAAAGACAAAAUUAAUAAUCUGUGAUAAAGUUAAUUUGUCUCAAAUUUUAGAAAAACCUACAGGUCGAUUUCUAUUUUUUAAUAUUGUUUACUUCGUUAAGAAUUUAUGUUAUUGUAUAUAUUUGUUUUGUUGAAUUCUGCUACUAUGGCAUCUACUUUACGUGGCUUUAAUUUUUUAUUUUGUAAAUAGUAGUAUUAAUGAAAAGUAACAUUCCUACAACUAUGGUUAGUGCCUUUGAUGACAAUAUGUAGUUUAUAUAUAGUUAUAUACAAUAUUUUUUAUAAAUUUAGAGUUUAUAGUAAUAUAUGUACUUACAUUAAUUGAAAAAGAGGAUUGAACUCCCCGACCAAAUCGCAAUGACCUAAUUUUGAGAGAGCGGCGUUAAUACUUUAAAACAAAUGAAAGUAUUCGAGGCGGAGUGAGUACUGCACAGAAUUAACAUACGUUCAGAAUACAUUUAUUAAAAGUACUCGAAGCGUCACGGGUACUGCAUAGAAUUAACAUGUGAUUCGAAACAUUCCACGAUUGUGAGACAUAUCCAGUUGAUAUUUUUUAUGGAUAUUUUUAUCCAUUUCUAUUAAAGCUUUUGUCGUAACAAUAAAAAGUGUUUGCAACUAAUAUAGACUCGGACGUGGGUAUUUGUUGUUGAAAUGGUACUGGACUAUGUUAGGGCGGGCCAACGACAACUCAAAUUAAAUGUUAUUAACAUUUUGCCAUGUUGUCCUUGGUUCUUUUGUACGUCAUUGUUGAUAGAGGGAGAUGGGUGAAACUUUUAUUUAGGCAUUUUUUUUUUUGAAAGAGUAGUACUUGUAUAAGAACAUUGUACAAAUUCACAUCAAAAUAAUCAUUUACUUUUUUAAUUUAAUGGGUUUUUUAGUUUAUUUAGUUUAAUAGAUAUGUUUUCUUGGCGUGGACCUAUCUACUUUGUUUUAAAAACAACGUGGUACAAUUUCGUAUGAUUUUCUGUUUAAAGAAAGUGAAGGGUCCGCAGCUAGGAGUAGGUUCUAGAUUAAGCCUCCUGCAUUUUUUUCUGAGCUUUCGCUAGAUGAGUGAGUGUCUUAAAGAAUGCAUAUUUGCUUUGACUUCUAUAUAUCUGAUGAAGACAAUGAAGGAUACGCAUCCAAAUUUUGAUUUGAUGAGUUGUUGUUUACAUUUUUAUAACACAUAUCCAUUGAUAUCAGUGAACGUUUAUGUUAAACAUUAAGUGUCUGUAGAUAUUGCACGUCACUUUAGAAUUUGGAUGAAAUUGGUGGUGAAUGGUGUACAUGAAACGAAUUUUGGGAUGUGGAACCUGGGUCGCAAUGAGUACAACAAUCACAUAUUUCAAAUGGAUUUUGUGGAUUCGAUUGUGACUUAAUAUAAAAUUUUCUGCGGUGAAAUUUUUUAGAUUUUUUGAUAUAUCCCCUGACAUUGCCUAGAACUCUCAUUUCAUUAUCACCAUUAAUGAGAUUUGUAGGUGGGUCAAAGCAUAAAAUGUACGACCGUCAAAGCAAAUUGUAGGAAUGUCUGAGUGGGAUCGCUAAUCACGUGAUUUUUUCUAAAAAAUAUCGGCGGCGCGAGUCAAAGGGAAUUUCAGAUCGUUGUUCUUUUCACCUUUGUAUAUUUCGUUUAAUUGCACGAUCUGAUGUUUAUCUUGAUUUGACGCGCUUGUUUCCGUGUACGACAUGCUUUCAGAUUUACUAACGACAAAACUACAUAACUUUCAGUCAAUAAGCAUGCUGUUACUUUUCACCCCAGGGCUAUUCAUUUAUCUAGCGAAAGUUUAUUUAAUUUUUAUAUUGGAAGUGAAUAAUAUAGCUCUUGAAUCACUUAUAUUCUCUUGUACUGUAUGCAGCUCUUUUUACUUCAUUACAAUAUGUUCUAAUUACACUUUAUUAAUAAAUGUUUGUCACAAUAA